GCGCCGCGCUGCCAGGAGGGUCCCAGCCUCCGCCGGCAAACGGCGAGCGCGUCGGGCGCUGGAGGAGCCCGGCCAGGUUAUUUUAUUGGCUGUGAAGAACCACGGACCUUUUGUGCCCUGAUGGGGGACUCGGGAUCCAGACGAUCGACUCUUGUAUCUCGCUUGCCAAUAUUCAGGAGAAGUGUUAGCCGGAGACACGACUCCCUUCCUUCCUCGCCUUCUUCUGCCAAUGCCAUUGGUGUCCACACCUCCUCCCCAUCCAGCACGAACUCCAGCUCAGGGAGCACAGGAAAGCGCCGGAGUAUUUUCCGCACUCCUUCCAUUAGCUUCCAUAACAAGAAAGGGAGUGAGCAGAAGCCUGAUUCAGCAGGUCAAAAUGUUAACAUCUCAAAUGGUGCCCAGUCCUCUCUUAGCACUUUUCAAAAACUCAGCUUAGACGAGCACAUAAAAAGCAGAGGAAGGCAUUCAGUUGGCUUUGGCAGCUCACGUAACAAGAAGAUAACAAGGUCUUUGACAGAUGAUUUUGAAAAGGGAAAGGAGCCCUCAGCUAAUAAGAAUGUCUUUAUCAAUUGCAUAAGCUCUGGGAAGAAUGAGUGUGAUGAUUCGGGCUUUGCAGAAGAGCGAAGCCGAUAUUCUGUCAAACAGUCCACACGAAAACUUCUCACCAAAUCUUUUUCAUCACACUACAGAUUUUCCAAACCAGUUCCAGAGAGUCAGUCGGUUUCCUCUGUGCAGCAGCCCCGGUGCUUGCUGGAAGUUAAAUCCUAUGUGGAGAGUGAACCUGUGAUGGCCAAGUCAUCUCCUCCAUGCUCGGCUGAGACAACGGAGUGCAUGGGCAGCUCCCUGCAGUCCCCGCUGCUCUCGGCUGACCUCACAGCUGCCCAGACCCCCUCGGACUUCAUCGCUCUGACCGAGGACUCUGUUUCAGAGGCUGAUGCCCUGCCCAGCAGUGGGCCUGGGGCACUGCUCACAGAGGAUUUUGGCCAUGAUGUCUCUACCGCUCAAAUCUUCUUUAAUCCUGCUGCUGCUCCUGUGAGGGAGAGAGAUACUGUGCAAAGUGCUGGCCAUUCUGCUGGUGUAUCUCCUGUGAGUCAUGCAAGCUCGUGCAGCGUAGAAUCCAGUACCUUAUUCAAAACCUCAGUUGCUAAUCAAACAAAAGUACUGUUGCAAGCCAAUGGACUAUAUAUUAAUGAUGCCAGGCACAUAGAAAAAAAUAACUCAGAAAAUGCACAUUUAGAAACCUUGAUGUUACAGCAAAGUGAAGAACCAGUGACACUUUCUCCAAAGGCAUGGGGCUUGAGUGGCAGCAGAGAUGAAAGCACUCCAUGCAAGCACAUGAGAGACACAAUUCCUGUAGUGGGGUCUAACACUGUUCCAUGUUCUGAACCUCAGUCCUUUAAAACACAACAGGGUUAUGAAUCAAACCAUCCUAAAGUUGAUCUUGCCAACAGCCUCAGUCCAUACAGGGAAGGCAGAUUUGUUGAGAAACGACUGAGGUCCUCUUCAGAAGGCACUGCUGGGGGCAGCCGGCUAAUCAUAAAACCGAAGGAUGGAAAUGCAGAAGAGCUUAACAGCCUAAGGAAGCAUAGAGCAAGCUCGUCCUCUUCUAAAAUGAACAGCAUGGAUGUUUUGAAUAACUUGGGUUCCUGUGAGUUGGAUGAAGAUGACCUAAUGCUUGACUUGGAGUUCCUGGAAGAGCAACAUCACCAGCGUUCUGUGUGCCGGGAAGACUCAUACCAGUCAAUAGUGUCAUGUGCUGCUGUAGUACUCACCCCUGUAGAGACAACAGUGGAUACAAGGAAAAAAGAACAGAUGAUAAUGCCUGAUGUGUCCAAACAGAAUCUAUCCUUGAAGCUGUCAAAGGAGGUGGAGCAAGGAGAAGCCAGGUACCCUCGUGUCAGCCAGCUGGCUGGCAGCCCAUCUGUGGAGUGGCCUUUCACUGGUCUGGAAGAAGGUGGAGGCAUUGAGUCUCUGCCCUUCAGAUUGAUGCUCCAAGACUGCACGGCUGUCAAGACAUUGCUUCUGAAAAUGAAGAGGGUUCUUCAAGAGAGUACGGACAUGAGCCCAGCUGGCAGCACAGCCUCCCUCCCCAUUAGCCCCCUUCCUGAGGAGCCAUUGUUUUUCAAGGAUGGAAUAAAAGAUGAAUGCUCAGUGCUGAAGCUGCAGCUGAAGGAGAGAGACGAACUCAUAGCCCAGCUUCGUGAGGAGCUGGAAAAGGCUCAGUGCUUUCAGAAGGCUCUUGCUUCCCAAGCAGACAAAUCCACACAGACAGAGCUCGUAGGCCAUGAUACUACAUAUCCAAUCAGAAUGGUGAGCCAAAAUCUCAGCACAAGGGACAGAAAGUCAGCACUUACUCCCACCGAGGACCCUUUUAGACACCCACCAGGCAACCAAGCAGCAGCAUAUGAAAGCAAGAGCUGUCAGCUGUCUAAUUUGUGUCUGAGCAGCCUUCUGAAAGAGAAGGAGAUUGUGGAAGCCAUCAAGCACACCCGAGGCACAUAUGAAACCCUGGCCUCAGAGGCCACCCAGAACGGUUUGGCUGUCACAGCCCCUAGCACAGCAAAGCCACCAUCCAAGGCCGACGGCUUCCCUGUGUUCUCAGGAGUUCCAAAAGACCAAAGUGCUGUGCCUCGGCAGCACACCACCUUCACAGGGAGACUGGGACAGCCCCCGAGGGGACCCAUCUCUUUACACAUGUACAGCAGAAAAAACGUUUUCCUCCACCACAAUUUACACACGGCAGAGCUACAGACUUUAGGUCAACAAGAUGGCUAACAAGGUGUUUAUUUUCUUGCCAUGGAAGGAGAGUUGAUUAAAGAGGGGUGUAAGCUCACCUAGACCUCUGUCUUCAGUUCUCAUCUGCUGCUACUUUCAUGUGAAAAAAAAAAAAAACAAACUUUGGAGGUUCCAUAUUUUCCCACCUUGUACUGAGGCAAAAGAAUGAACAAGAUUGUUAAAUAACUGGGCUGAUUUGUUGUGCAGAAGUCACCAUGAGUUUAAUAAAGGGGAC